UGUUCUUUUAUUUCAACGCGGGUGCUCCUUCUUCGGUUUCGUAAACAAAUUAAGGCCUACUUCGAGAAAAGCGCAGUGUCUGUCUGACAGAGAUAAUAUACCAGCAGCAUGAGAGAAAAACGCAAACCUACCACGUCCCAACGACUUGAUGCAGAGAAGAGGCGAUGCCUGUCAUGGGACAUGUACAGUGCAUCUGACACCGCCUCAACUGAAGGUCAGCCAAGCACGAGUCAAGUUGAUGAAGGCAUCGAUCCAGAUAUGGUCUUUGGUGUUAUGUCAGAUAUGGGCCUGCGUCUUGUAGAGGAUGGGACUUAUGAGGUACCAGACCAAUCAUCGGGUGUGGACCUGUGCCCUCUAUCAGAUGUGAGCCUUCAUCUUGGAGAGGACAGUCCAAAGAAUGCAUCAGACCCUGUAUCAGAUGAGGAAGUUACUAACUUGACAGGGGUUAAGGAUAUCCCCUUUCUUACAGAGGAAGUAGUCUGUACUGAGCCAGAGGACGUCGAAUACCAGUUCCGCAUCUCAAGGGCCAAGUUUGAUAUAUUGGAAAAAGAGGCAGCCUACAGCAUCAAGGUUCACUUGCACCAACCUGAAGAAAAGAAUCAGAAAGGUCUUCUGUGCACCAUGAAGGUGAAACUGUUGCCUGUUGCUCCUGCUGUCAUUCCUCAGCCAAACCCCCAACUGCCAACAGAUGGAUACAGUACCCUCCUCCUGCGAGACGCACCAGGUUUGGAUUUCCUAGUGUUCUACGAUGAGCAGACCAAAAACUUGCCUAUUUGUAAAUUCAGCAAAAAGGAUCGUCUGCUAGGACGUGGAACCUUCCUGGCAUUCGCUGUUGAGAUGGACAGAAGACCAAGCACCUCUUGCCUUGAAAGCUUCCAAGAACUUGUCAAAGUGAAGAAAGGGAUGCUCCAGCUCUGUAUUCAUGAGUAUGAUCCUGUGUCUGGAUGUGCCGUGUUAGAUGCUUGGAUUCUUUCCGGUAUAGUGUCUCAGCCAUCCUUUGCAUCUCAAUGUCCGUCUAAGAAACGGCACCUUGAAUAUGUUUCCCAACUGAUGAAUUGGUAUCAUGGAUACCCACUACCAACUAAUAAAAAAGAUAAGGUGCACAAAAGGUACGACUACAACACGCUCUUUGACAAAGUGCGCCAGUAUCACGAGACACAGGAGGUAGUGGAGGUGAUUGACGUCCAGCACGCGAUCCUUGUCCCGGUCUUGCGGCCGUACCAGCGCGAUGCUGUCUGCUGGAUGGUCCAGAGGGAGACAAUGACACAAAAAGACAAGGAUCAGCUGCAUGUUCUUUGGAGGCAGUUCAAGACAGUCGAUGACAGGACCUUGUACUAUAACCCCCAAAGUGGCGAGUGA